GGAGUGUUUGCACUUCAGCACCAGGCAUGGUUCGGUACAAGAAUCCUUGGCCCGUCGUCGAAUUCGUUGACAUAUCUACGGUGGAUGCCUCCAGCGCAACAGCCCCUCUCAAUACGCGAUCUUUGGACGAGAUAUUGAUCUACAGCGCUCUCGGCGACAGCCGCAUCGUGACAAACUUUGGCAACACUGGAUGGGAAGUAGUGGGGAUGUCGUUGACCGGUGCGUCGGUUCCUCGUAGACCUUCAGCUUUCCAUCGCUCGGACGAUGACACCUUUCAGAAGCAUUCUACACAGGGAAAGAUGGACUUCAUGUCAUUUGAAAAGUUGGCACUACAUGCCAUGGUGGGUGAGUUGUGGGUAUGCGUCACAGUGCGGAAUCCUGGGGAGAGUAGAACACGCUAAGUGUGAACUAUGUUUCAAGCAUACGCGUACGGGACUGUAUUAGAUGGAAUGAUAUUGCGUGCGAUGCACCCUAGUGAACAGUUCGAACUACACCACGAAUUGACAACAAAUUCGAAGUUCCGCAUCGCUGUAAGCUGCUACGGUAGUGGGGAAGGAGAU